GAAGCGCUCAUUCGGUUGUUGAUCACGAUUUACUCUGUUGCUACGUGGCGACGCGAUGCUCAUUCACAUGUUGAUGUGUAUUUUGAUCCGUCGGACUUCAGUCGAUCAGCUGUCCGCGUUCGCAAUAGGACGCUUCUCGUAAAUUCUCUCUCUGGCCAGCAUAGCUUGACGUGCAACAGACUAGCCUUGCCUGUAUUCCACACAACCUGUUGCACCAUCGGGGCAACCACCAUAACAAGUUGUUGUUUUGAUACCCAGUUUUCUAUAUACAUCGUACCUCAUCUGUCAAUGUGCCUGGAUUUUUGUAUCAUUGCAAUAAAAGGAAGCUAUUUUAUUUCAUUUCAUUACUUCACUUGGCUCUACUUCAUUUCGGAAUUUGUGGGAAUUAAAUUGAAAAUACGUCGACUCACUUGAACAAGAGGUCACAACCCCAAUCCAAGAUGGCGGCUGCCAAAGUUGCAACCAUCACCAUCCCCUUGCUCAGCUCCAAGGAGGCUGCUGUGAAAUUCAAACAAAACUGGAUCACCAAGAGCCAGCCCGUCGAACCCCCAAAGACAGAACCCAAAGAAGACAACCUCGACGACAGUCUCACGAGUCUGAACUGGUUGCAGAACCUCCGGAUCAUGCGCAUCCAGCACCCCACCCCUCCAAGCAGCCCCACCCCGCUCUCCAUCCAGAACAGCAUCAAGAGUGCCCUGCAGAUCCACAAGGGCGGCAAUGGCGUCGUCAAGAGCUCGAACUCUCACAAGCACUCGCACUCCGAGAUCAAGAUCUCGAAGGUUUCGUCGUCACUCAACCACCUCCAUCACAACCACCACCACCACCAUCUCCAUCAAAGUCACCUCCAAUUGGACCAAAAUACAGACUACAAGACGAACUCGAGCAUUAAGCCACCAUACUCCUACUCCACCAUGAUAUGGAUGGCCAUGAAGGAGUCCAAGAAACAUAAGAUCACUCUGUCAUCAAUCUACAAAUGGAUUACGGAGAACUUCAAGUAUUACCAAGUUGCAGACCCCAGUUGGCAGAAUUCCAUUCGUCACAAUCUCUCGCUCAACAAGUGCUUCCAGAAGGUACCACGCAAGAAGGACGAGCCGGGUAAAGGCGGUUUCUGGCGCAUCGACCCCGCCCAUGCCGACGAACUUGAGAACGGCGUCUUCAAAAAGAGACGGCAUGCCUCCUUCCGGGAGCUCCCCAUCAAAAUUAAGACGGAGCCGGAGAGCGAGGACGAGUGCCCUCCAUUUGAGGACUCUAAACACCACAGCCGGAAGCAGACUAUGCCAAAGAAGAGGUCGGCCUCUGAACACGGUGGCUCGCAUUCGUCGUCGAAGAAGGUGAAGGUGGUGCGAUCGCAGAGCUACAAACCGCCGUCACUUCUGGAUGAUAGCAUGCCAAGCAGCAUCCUCAAGGAAGACUUCAGCUGGAACUCCAUCUUUGAAUCUGAGAUUGAGAUCGAAGGCACACGCAUCAAGACGGAGGAUAUUCUUGAUGGCCAGGAGUCGGACACGUCUGAUUCCUUUGAAAUGGACACACCGCCUCCGUCCGAGCACGAGACCAACAUCAAUGACAGUGUCUUGGAUCUUUCGAUAACCGGGACGAGGAUCCCUCGUCCGGUUUGGUUCGAAGAGCAACUCAAGGAGAUUGAUCUGCACCCAGCUGACGUCCAGCUUGAGGAUAUCUUUGCUGCAUUUGAUCUGCCGCCCUCUCCGGCUGGAUCCCUCACCGAAAGACAGGCCCAUCCUUGGGCGGAAACCAGGAACAUUAACCUUGACGAAAGCGGUACCUUCGGGGAUCUCUUUGACUUUGGUCAGCUGGCAGAGGGCGCCAUGCCUUGGCAAGAGAACCCCAUGCCAUCUCCAUGAACACAAACUUUUUCAGCUUAACCAAUUGUCAAACAGUAAUCAUGAAAGUUAGAACUAUCAAAGACUUUAUCACGCUGGCUAGUGAAGUCACCCUAUAUACUAUAUAAGUAGAUUGAUGUGAGAAAGCUUAUAUAAUAAAGUUUAUAACUAAUCAUGUACAGCGAGAUCAGCUUUUCUCAAUUAAUCUGGAUGUCGUGUUAUGGACUAAGGCUGGCUCUGUGACCACACGCAUCAACUAUUUUUGUAAUAACUAUCUACUGUAUCUACAAAACCGCCUAUCAGUGAAUUCCAUCCAACUUAUUCCCGCUUGCUGUGUUGUAGUGUUUUUUUUUCUUCUGGAUAUUGACACUCUACACUCAUUAUUACUGCAGUAUUCCAGCAAUGACACAAUUACAGACCGAGUUCACAUAUAUUUUGCUGCACUGCAAAGCUUUUCUCCCAUGUCAGCCCCCCCCCCCCCCCCCCGUCUCGUCCCCGGCCCCAUCACCGAGUGACGCCCUCACACCACCAACCCACAUCAAAAUUUGAUUAAAACCGCUCUAUGAUUUCACAGUUCACUUGCUUAAAGGCAUUCAUAAAUUCUAUUUCACGCUGUGUGUCACCACACAGUAUAUACCUGUCGUUCUUGUAUUCCAUGUUUUACCCAGCAAUCCGCAGGUGGACAUAAUUAUUCACAAACACAUUUUGCAUUUGAAACAGUUGUCAUCAUGUUACCUUUGAUUUUCAAUGGGUGGUUUUCUCACCUUGCAAUCAAUGCCUUGAAGUGCGUUUUAGUACUGUAUAUUCUAUGCCACAACUAUUCCAUCCACUUUUGUGAAAAAAAGUUUUUAUCUUGCGAUAUGCAAUUAUUCUGUCCAUUCGUGUAUUACCUCGACUAUUUAUAACAAAUACAAUCAUCUAAAUCUUGAUAUAUUCAGGAAAAGUGUUUUUAAAAUUUCAAACAUGGAUUGAUACAAAUGAAAAUAUAAACAAAGAUCAUUAAUCAGACUUGAUGUAUACUGAUGAUCUAAAAAUAAAAGCUAUAAUCAUGAUAAAAAUUGAAAUUGGCUGCAGUGAACAAGUAUUGAGAUGAAGCUCUUGUCCAGAAGUCAAGUCACGACAAAUGGGUCAAAGUAUUUGCACUGAUGUCAGAACAGUGACAUUGUCAAGAAGAUUGUUUUUUUUUUCUUCAGUUUUUCCUCCACUUUUUUCUUGUAUUGUCGAGAUUAAUAUUUUGUGGUAUGCAUGUCUUGAAGUAAUCACAUGAUAAUAACAUUUUUUUUCGUUUGUUUGGCUAUUUAUAACAAGGUCUAAAAGAAAACUUGAAGUGCAAUUCUCUUUAUAUGUGAAACAUAACCUGACGCUCGAUGUAAUAUUUCUCAAUUCUUCUGUUUCUUAUGAUUCCUCCUGUUUCCAGUGAUGACUGAAUUGUGUAAUGCUUGCAGUGCAAAAAUGGCAAAAUAAAAUAUGACUGAGCUAAUAAUAAUAA